AUGAAGAGCUAUUCUCGUCGACGACAAGACGCACCCCACCCACACCAAGUUCUCGCCGACCCAACCGGAAACUUCCUCCUUAGCCCCGAUCUAGGCGCCGACCUAAUCCGAAUCUACAGCAUCAACAAGUCCACUGGCAAACUCACAACCUGCACGCCCUUUUCGACCCCCGGUGGCACCGGUCCACGACACGGUGGAUUCUGGGAGAAGAACCCAAACGUCUUAUUCGUAGGAAACGAGCUCUCUAACACUGUUUCCGCGUACACCGUGACCUAUCCGUCGGGAGGCUGUCUGACAUUGAACCGAUUCCAGACGUUGACGACGAUAGCUAACAACAAGACAUUGCCGAGCGGGUCGAAAGUAGCGGAGGUGCAUACGAAAGAUAACUUCUUGUAUGUCGCCAACCGUAGAGAUUUGAGCUUCAACCCGAAUGAUUCGAUUGCCACCUUUUCGCUCGAUAGCGCCGGGACGAUGGCCUUUCAACAAAUCACAUCGAGUGGAGGAACUUACCCCAGGACCUUCGCCAUUGCGAAAGCUGGGGAUUUGGUCGUGAUUGGGGACCAGACUACGGCCAACGUGGUGGUUGUUAAGAGAAACAACGAGACUGGACUAUUGGGCCCUCAGGUGGCUAGUAUGCGGAUUGGAAGUGUUGGCCAAGCUGAGAAUGAUAACGGCUUGAGCGCUGUCUUGUGGGAUGACUGA